AUGCAUUUCAAAGCUUCUAUCGCUGCUCUCGCCUCCGUCAGUGCUCUGGCAUCUGCCCAGGCACCCAGCAUUGACCAAUGGACGCAAUCCGAGAUCAACAACGGCACUGCUUGGAAAGAGGUCACUCAGAUCGCCAGGGACAAUCAAUUGUACAACCUGGGCACCCGCCAGAACUCUCCUUGCCAGUGNGGGGCUAUGGAUGUUAGGAGAGAGUUCAGGGACAUGUCCAAGGAGGAUCGCAAGUCCUUCACCGAUGCCGCUACAUGCCUCAUGAACACACCUCCCCAGCGCAUGCCCAAGGAUCAGGCUGCAAACUAUCCUGGAAUCAAGUCUCGCCACGACGAGUAUGUCGCGACACAUAUCAAUAUGACAUUUUCCAUCCACGCGACUGCGUCUUUUCUAGGUUGGCACAGACACUACAUCAAGCACUACGAGCAAGACUUGAAGAACCUCUGCGGCUAUACCGGUACCCUCCCAUACUGGAACUGGGCCAAGGACGCCUCUGCUCCCCAAGACUCGCCCCUCUUUACCGGCGAUGAGUACAGCAUGGGCUCCAACGGUAAAUACAUUUUCAACCGCAGCGACACCUACCUUUACACCCAAGGCGUCAAUAUGCCUCCCGGCACCGGCGGCGGCUGCGUCGAGAGCGGCCCCUUCUCCGACAUUACCCUCAACCUUGGCCCCCUGGACUUGCCCAACUCCAAGAACGUCAAGAGCAAUUAUGAAUACAACCCUCGCUGUCUAGAGCGCGACUUCAACUCCUUCUUUACCGAGCGCUACAACACCUUCUCCAACGUCACUGAACUUGUUCUCGAAAGCAUCUACCUCGAAGACUUCCAGGAUAGGAUGCAAGGCUAUGCCGCUGGAGACGCCUUUGGCGUGCACGGUGGAGGCCAUUGGGGCAUGGGAGGGGCGGCCGCUGACUUCCACUCUUCACCUGCUGACCCUCUUUUCUUCUUGCACCAUGGUAUGAUUGAUAAUGUCUGGACUACAUGGCAGAAUCUGGACAUCUACCGCCGUCAAUUCAUCAUCAAGGGAACUUCGACACUUGAUAACAAUCCUCCUAGUGCUGAGAUGACUCUGGACGAUGUUAUUCCUUUUGGUUUUGUUGCUGAAGACCGUAUCUUCCGCGAGUUGAUGGAUACUUUUGCCGAGGGUUACUGCUACCGCUACGAGUAG